UCUGAUGGGCUGAGUCCAACAAGAAUAGUUUCAGCCAUUCUGUCGAGUGCCGAUUUCAAUUCCCAAUUGCGCAGAAGGCUAGGUUAGGGUUAUUGAAGUUGAAAGAGAUGGAGCUGAGAAAUGUGGUGAAGGAUAAGAAAUUCUGGUUGGCGUCGUUGAUAAUAGUGUGGGCAGCUGGGCUCCAGGGACACAUGAUGUGGCUGCAGCGCCAAGAAUCCUUCAAACACAAGUUCGGCGACCUCAACUCUCAAGACCAUUCCGAUCCACCAACCUCAUAACUCGAUUACUCCGUUCGUCUUUCUCUCUCUCUCUCUCUAUCAUAAAUCUUAGCUUUUUCUGUUUCUCUGUUUAUUACACAACGUAAUAGUGUAUUGUUUCGCCAUAUUCUAGUGUGUUCAUAAUUAAUUAAGCUAAGCAUGAGUAGAAUCCCAAAUUACUUGGCUCUGCUGUUUUUGCACAUUACACAACUUGAAUAGCCCCAAUUUCAUUGCCUGCAAAGGUUUAAUUUGUACAAUCCAACGCCAUCUAACAUUAUACUAUUUAAUAUAACAACAAUAAUAAUAAUAAUAAAUAUAGUAUGUUACCUGUU